CUUAAAGGCCAAAUGCCAGCUUUGGAAGUUACAAUCGUACAUGCAAUCUCUGUUUCUGCAGUCGGAUAUACUCCAUUACCUCCACCUUCUGCAACAUUGAUGAAUGCUGUUUUUGCAAUCGACUUAUGA